GCUUUGUGUCAGGCCCCAGGGGCUGCGUCUCUGUCGGCGCCCCGAGCGCCCAGUGUGUGCAGGAGGCGUCAUGGCCGAGUACGGGACCCUCCUCCAGGACCUGACCAACAACAUCACCCUUGAAGAUCUGGAACAGCUCAAGUCAGCCUGCAAGGAGGACAUCCCCAGUGAGAAGAGUGAGGAGAUCACUACUGGCAGUGCCUGGUUUAGCUUCCUGGAGAGCCACAACAAGCUGGACAAAGACAACCUCUCUUAUAUCGAGCACAUCUUUGAGAUCUCCCGCCGUCCAGACCUACUCACUAUGGUGGUUGACUAUAGGACCCGUGUUCUGAAGAUCUCUGAGGAAGAUGAGCUGGACACCAAGCUAACCCGUAUCCCCAGUGCCAAGAAGUACAAAGACAUUAUCCGGCAGCCCUCUGAGGAAGAGAUCAUCAAAUUGGCUCCUCCACCGAAGAAAGCCUGAGCAGAGGGAGGAAGAAGACGAAGGUUGAACCUUCAUCGGACCACUCCCUUCCCCCAUCCUCCAGGGGAGGGGGCAAGGGCAUCCCCCCCACCACAAAUCUACCCACUUACUAACCUGGUCCUAACCCCCUUACUGUGCGCGUGUGUGUGCGUGUGCGCACGCUCUGGCUGUCUGUCUAUAUGUCUAGCUCAUCUAGUUCCUCCUCCUUGUGAGGGGCUGGGGGUCAGGGGCUGGGGGUGGGGGGCUUAGUUUCCCCACUCUAGGGGGAGUUGGGGGCUAUUUCUAUGCAAGUAGAAAUGGGCACAUUCCUCCUACUCCCCUUUCCUCCACUUUUCCCCCACAUCACUGAAGUGUGGGAGCAGAAAGGACCUGUAUUUUCCUACACUGAGCAGGCGAGGUAGGGGUGAGGCAUGGGAGAGGUGAAUGAAUCUAAUGAAAAGCAGUGGGAGGGAAGACGUAGAAGCUACCCAACCCCCACCUAGAAGGGGCAAAGAAAAGCCAGAGUUCACGUUUGUACCGCAACGCUGGACUGGCUGAGGAGUCCAGUUUCCAGCUGUUCCUCAGGUUGGAGGGCCUGGGCACCCGCAGGUCCCUUUUUGCUCCCCUCUCAUGGGCCUAGAAUGGGUAUGAGCCAGGGGUCUAAACGGAGAGGAUCACUGGAUCCUUUCCUGGCCCCAAAGUUCACACCCCAUAGAGCACCCAGCAUUAGAUACCCCCCACCCACCUCUGCUCUGGAGAGACUGUGCUGGGAACAUGCCCCACUGAGCCUGAGUGGGGAUGAGGGCAGAAAGAGGAGUCCCCUUUUCCACUCCUUGAUUCCUACUCAGACUGUUGCACAUACUGACCUAGGGAGUUCCCUGAACCUAUGGAGGUUGAGGAAUUGAGAUCCUUAGGUUUUAACUCCAAUCUUGUUCCCACCUACAGAGUCCCAACACGGUUACCAGGCAACCUUCCUUAUCGCCAUGGUCUAGAAUCCCCUCCCCAAAGCCAGAAAGAAGGGAAGAAGUUAACUACAGUGUUUUCCUUUGCACUGAUCCCACUUCAAUUCAAGAGGGGACCUGGUAACCUCUCCCCCUCAGUAUCUUGGCAUCUUGGGCUUGUGAACGCCUCCUAGCCAAAUCAUUAGAGUACAGCAACCCCAGCCUCCUGCCUGUCCCAAGAUACCCCUCCCCACCCUGACCGUGCUAACUGUGUGUACAUAUAUAUUCUACAUAUAUGUAUAUUAAACCCGCACUGCCAUGUCUGC